AUGGCCAAGAGGAUUGAUGGUCUUCAAGUAGCUGCAGUGAAUACUACAAAUCAACCACCAGCUGGGUGGGGGCAAAACGAGGAAAACUAUGAAGAGCAGCAGCAAGAGCAAGUCAACUAUAUGCACAAUCAAGGUGCUGAAACUAACAAGAGGCCAGCUGAGACUAGCAGCAAGGAAGAAGUGACACCUAAAGACAAGCAAGAACAAGAGAAGCUCAAGGAGAAAGAGGAACAACCACAAGCUUCAAAGAAGGGAAAGCAAGUCAUGGAGGAGCAAUCACAAGAACAGAGAAAAAUUGUGAAGCCUUACACACCUCCUCUGCCAUAUCCUCAAAGAUUUCAGAAGGAGACCAAGGAUCAACAACUUCCCAAGUUUCUAGAAGUUUUCAAGAAGCUGGAAAUUAAUAUUCCUCUUGCUGAAGCAUUGGAGAAAAUGCCCUUGUAUGCAAAGUUCUUAAAGGAGCUUAUCAACAAGAAGAGGAGCUGGAAUGAGAAGGAAACGGUGAUCUUGACCCAAGAAUGUAGUGUUGUCAUCCAAAGAGGUCUUCCACCAAAGCUCAAAGAUCCAGGAAGCUUCAUCCUAUCUUGCACUAUAGGCAACAGAACAUUGGACAAAGCCCUCUGUGAUUUACGAGCCAGCAUCAACUUGAUGCCUCUCUCAUUAAUGAAGCAGCUAGCAAUAGAGGAACUCAGGCCAACUCGAAUGUCACUUCAAAUGGCUGACAGAUCACUCAAAAUACCUAAUGGAGUUGUGGAGAAUUUGUUAGUGAAAGUAGGAGAAUUCAUAUUUCCUACUGACUUUGUCAUUUUAGACAUGGAGGAAGAAGGACACAACUCAAUCAUUUUGGGGAGGCUCUUUCUAGCCGCAGCAAGGGCUAUAAUUGAUGUAGAGAAAGGUGAAAUAACACUCAGAGUGCAUGAUGAAAAGAUGAUCAUCAAUGUCUUUAAAGCCAUGCAAUACCCCCCUGAGAAAGAAAAGCAUAUGAGGGUGGAAAUGGUGGAAGAAGUAAAGAGGGGGUAA